AUGGCGGACAUGCCCAUUGUUCUCGAUGGAGGAACCGGAUUCCUCAAGGUCGGCUAUGCCGCCCAAAAUUUCCCAGAGCACCAGUUCCCCUCGAUAGUGGGGCGGCCCAUCUUGCGAACGGAGGAGCAAGCCGGCGACAUCGUGGUAAAGGAUAUCAUGUGCGGAGACGAAGCUGCCGCUGCCCGAUCGAUGCUUCAGAUCAGCUACCCGAUGGAGAAUGGUAUCGUGAAGAAGUGGGAUGAUAUGCAACAUCUGUGGAACUACACCUUUUACGACAAGAUGAAGAUCGACCCCACGGGCCGCAAGAUCCUGCUCACAGAGCCGCCGAUGAACCCGCUCAAGAACCGUGAACAGAUGGCUGAGGUCAUGCUGGAGGGAUAUAACUUCGGAGGCAUCUAUGUGGCAAUCCAGGCGGUGCUGGCACUGUAUGCCCAGGGUCUAAGCAGUGGUGUGGUUGUUGACUCCGGUGACGGUGUGACACACAUUAUCCCCGUGUACGAGUCGACCGUGCUGAACCACCACAUCCGCCGACUGGAUGUUGCCGGUCGCGACGUCACCCGCAACCUGAUUGCCCUCCUCCUGCGCCGCGGCUAUGCGCUCAACCGAACCGCCGAUUUCGAGACCGUCCGUCAGAUCAAGGAGAAGCUCUGCUACGUCUCGUACGACCUCGAGCUGGACAAGAAGCUGUCCGAGGACACCACUGUUCUGGUUGAGUCUUAUACCCUCCCCGAUGGUCGCGUCAUCCGCGUCGGCAGCGAGCGCUUCGAGGCCGCCGAGUGCCUCUUCCAGCCUCAUCUGGUGGAUGUCGAUCAGCCCGGUAUGGCUGAAUUGCUCUUCAACACCAUCCAAGGCACCGAUGUCGACAUUCGGUCCAGUCUAUACAAGGCCGUCGUGCUCAGCGGUGGUAGCAGCAUGUACCCCGGUCUGCCUUCCCGAUUGGAGAAGGAGCUGAAGCAGCUUUGGCUCACCCAGGUCCUGAAGGGUGACCCCGAGCGGUUGAACAAAUUCAAGGUCCGUAUCGAAGACCCCCCACGACGGAGACACAUGGUCUUCCUGGGUGGUGCCGUGCUUGCCAACCUUAUUGCCGACAAGGACGACAUGUGGGUAUCCAAACAGGAGUGGCAGGAACAGGGUGCCCGCGCGCUGGCCAAGCUCGGCCCGCGAUAA